ACUGGGGUGUGCGCAGCGCCUGGAGCAUGAGCCGGGUGGUGGCGUGCACGGAGGACCGCGGGAGGCUGCCGCCUCGGGACACCCCACUCACACAGAACAGAGUGUUCUGAACAUCAACACAAAGUGGAAGAACCUUAAGCUGAAGGUACAGUAUAUUAUUUACACUGAAGGGGCUUGUGUGUGGACAAGAAAGCGCUGACAGCUCAAAUGGAUCCCAUGGAACUGAGAAAUGUCAACAUCGAACCAGAUGAUGAGAGCAGCAGCGGAGAAAGUGUUCCAGACAGCUACAUCGGGAUAGGAAAUUCAGAAAAGGCAGCAAUGAGCAGUCAAUUUGCUAACGAAGACGCUGAAAGUCAGAAAUUCCUGACAAAUGGAUUUUUGGGGAAAAAGAAGCUGGCAGAUUAUGGUGAUGAACAUCAUCCCGGAACCACUUCCUUUGGAAUGUCUUCAUUUAACCUGAGUAAUGCCAUCAUGGGCAGUGGGAUCCUGGGCUUGUCCUAUGCCAUGGCCAACACAGGGAUCAUACUUUUUAUAAUCAUGCUGCUUGCUGUGGCAAUAUUAUCACUGUAUUCAGUUCACCUUUUAUUAAAAACAGCCAAGGAAGGAGGGUCUUUGAUUUAUGAAAAAUUAGGAGAAAAGGCAUUUGGAUGGCCGGGAAAAAUUGGAGCUUUUGUUUCCAUUACAAUGCAGAACAUUGGAGCAAUGUCAAGCUACCUCUUUAUCAUUAAAUAUGAACUACCCGAAGUAAUCAGAGCAUUCAUGGGACUUGAAGAAAAUUCUGGAGAAUGGUACCUCAAUGGCAACUACCUCAUCAUAUUUGUGUCUGUUGGAAUUAUUCUUCCACUUUCGCUCCUUAAAAAUUUAGGUUAUCUUGGCUAUACCAGUGGAUUUUCUCUUACAUGCAUGGUGUUUUUUGUUAGUGUGGUGAUUUACAAGAAAUUCCAAAUACCCUGCCCUCUACCUGUUUUGGAUCACAGUGUUGGAAAUCUGUCAUUCAACAACACACUUCCAAUGCAUGUGGUAAUGUUACCCAACAACUCUGAGAGUUCUGAUGUGAACUUCAUGAUGGAUUACACCCACCGCAAUCCUGCAGGGCUGGAUGAGAACCAGGCCAAGGGCUCCCUUCAUGACAGUGGAGUAGAAUAUGAAGCUCAUAGUGAUGACAAGUGUCAACCCAAAUACUUUGUAUUCAACUCCCGGACGGCCUAUGCAAUUCCUAUCCUAGCAUUUGCUUUUGUAUGCCACCCUGAGGUCCUUCCCAUCUACAGUGAACUUAAAGAUCGGUCCCGGAGAAAAAUGCAAACAGUGUCAAAUAUUUCCAUCACGGGGAUGCUUGUCAUGUACCUGCUUGCUGCCCUCUUUGGUUACCUAACCUUCUAUGGAGAAGUUGAAGAUGAAUUACUUCAUGCCUACAGCAAAGUGUAUACAUUCGACAUCCCUCUUCUCAUGGUUCGCCUGGCAGUCCUUGUGGCAGUAACACUAACUGUACCCAUUGUCCUCUUCCCAAUUCGUACAUCAGUGACCACACUGUUAUUUCCCAAAAGACCCUUCAGCUGGAUACGACAUUUCCUGAUUGCAGCUGUGCUUAUUGCACUUAAUAAUGUUCUGGUCAUCCUUGUGCCAACUAUAAAAUACAUCUUCGGAUUCAUAGGGGCUUCUUCUGCCACUAUGCUGAUUUUUAUUCUUCCAGCAGUUUUUUAUCUUAAACUUGUCAAGAAAGAACCUUUCAGGUCACCCCAAAAGGUCGGGGCUUUAAUUUUCCUUGUGGUUGGAAUCAUCUUCAUGAUUGGAAGCAUGGCACUCAUUAUAAUUGACUGGAUUUAUGAUCCUCCAAAUUCCAAGCAUCACUAACACAAGGAAAAAUACUUUCUUUUUCUAUUGGAAAUGGUUGCAAGUUAUACUCCAAAAGACAUGUGAAUUAUCUUGAUUGGAAUGUUAUUCAUAGGAAAUAACAGGAAGAUUCCAAAGAUGUUUACCAGUAAUAUCACCAGGCACCUGCAGAAGAGGAAAAUCACUGUUUUUGUCAAGGAUGGUUGUGUAUGUGUUUAAAAUAAAACCUGUGGUGCACAUUUCUGCCCAGGUUUUACUAGAGCAGUGUGAGAUGAUGAAGGUGUAUUUUUGCUGCUUUACAAGCAGAAUAAGGGUAACUGCAUGUAACAAUCAUCAGAUAGUACUCUUUCCCCUGCCGUCUCCUCACCCUGCACCCCCUAAAAAAGUACCAAACAUUUGCAUUCUCAGAACAUCAAACAAAAAUGCCCUGGUGGCAAAGCUAUCACCAUUUAAUGCCUUCUGUCAGUCUUGCACCAAAGUCUCUGGUCUGUUUACUAACAGAGGCAAAAGGCAUGUCUUAGGAACUGUUUCUGUAAGGUACAUGAAUGGCCAAACACCAGUCUAGAGCAUCUCAGUGUCAACAGCAAAAUAAUAUUUUGCCCACCCUGUUUGUGACAUUGAGUUGUGACUUCUAUAUUCAAUAGAUUUUUUGUAGAUGUUAAAACAUCUAUAUUUAAAUGUUAAAACACUA